AUGAACAGAAAUUCUUGGUUUUCUGGUAAGUCUAACAGUGUUCGGCUGCUUAAAAUCUUGAAUAAACUUGAAGUAUUGGACAUCACACUGGAAAUUCUUUCUGAAACUGGAAUUGGAAAAGUUGUCAACUCCUUCCGGAAGCACGAUGAAGCAGGAAAGGUGGCGAAAGUGUUGGUUAACCGCUGGAAAGCACUUGUUCCAAAAGGCUCAUUAAGUUUGAGUGAAGGAAACCCUGAAGACUGCCAAACUCAAAAUGAAAAGCUCAAAGAAGACAAUGAAAGCCGUAGAAAGGAGAGCAACCGUAUUUCAGAAAGCAGCAAUUCUAGAAAGAAGCCAAAAAUGGAGAAUAUUAGUGUUGGGAAGAAAUUAUCACUGAAUGUUGAUAUUAAAUGCAAAACGAAGUCCAGUAGAUAUAAAGUCAUCUUGAAUGGGGAAAAUAAUGAUAAUGAGGAGCCAAAAAAAGAUUUGGGUUUGAAUCGGGGCUCACUGACUCAUGGAUCAGACUAUAGCAAGGAAAAGAAGCAUGAAAGCAAAAAAACUGAAACCGUUUCAGGUGCAACAAACAAACAGAGGAGUGGGAAACUUGAGAAGUCUUUGAAAGUAACUGGAGAUGCUUGCAAGAAAGAAAAGAGGAAGGCCAGAGAUAAACCCACAGCUCUGGAGAUUGAAGGAAAGGCUGAGGAUAUCUGUGAAAAUCCCUCCAUGUCAUUCGAAGCAUAUCUAAGUUACGACUUGGAGCCUCCCAAACGCAAGAAAUGCUUCAACGUCCCCAAGAAUUCAAAGAGAAUUAAAACCGCACACAAAGAAAGCUCGAGUGUGUCUCUUGUGAAGAUGAGCAAAGCUGCGAUUGAAGAGCCAAUAACAGCGGUGCAUCAAAAACAGGUUCCUGAGCAGUCAGUGAUGGACUUGCUGAAUGUUCCUUUACCAAUGAGUUUUCCUGAAUGCGAGGAUGUUUCUCAGUAUCAGUACUUCAGUGAAAAGAAAGAUGACAGAAGAGUGACUGAAGUCUGUGAGGAGGAGGAGGAGGCGCCGCUGUUCAUUGGACAGCGGCUGAAGAAUAAGAUGCAGGUGUAUUCGGGCAGCAAGAUGACAUUUCUGCCCUCCAUGAUGACUCUGUACCAGCAGUGCAUCCGAGCACUGCAGAACAACAUCGACUCUCUCUAUGAAAUUGGAGGAGUGCCGUUCGAGAUUUUGGAGCCGGUAUUGGAGCGCUGCACUGCUGAACAGCUCCUGCGCAUCGAGGAGUACAAUCCUGUGUACAUCGGUGUGACUGAUCACCUGUGGGAGAAGCACUGCCAGAAGGAGUUCAGAAACGCCCGUCUGGAGGAGUACGAGUCCUGGAGAGAGAUGUACCUUCGUCUGUUCGAGGAGCGAGAGAGAAAACUCCAGCAGCUCACCAAGAGCAUCGUCUCCGCUCACUCCGGCAAGCCCAAAGGUCGACAGGUGAAGAUGGCCUUUAUUCACUCGGCUGCUAAACCACCUAGAAAUGUGAGGAUCCAGCAGGAGAUCCACGGCACGGCAGGCCCCGUUACGGCCCCGCACCCCACAGACAGAGCCGGCAGUGUGAAGCCCAAUGAGAACAGAGUAAGAUCAGGCUUUAUCGAGCCUUCAAAACCCUGCAGCACCAGCAGCUCCAGCCAUAGCCAAGACCCCCGCAAGAUCAAGAGAGUUGCGCCCAUGAUGGCUAAAUCCCUGAAGGCCUUCAGAAAGCAGUUCAGUCGCAGAUGAAGAUGAAUAGUUGGUUGCAUUAUGAACCCUUAUUGUCUAAAUGGUUUCUAAAGUGUUUUUCUUUUCAAUGUUAUUUGUAAUUCCUCAAUAUUCUUCCAGGAUUGAUGAAAUAUGAUCAACUUAGUAUUUAUUUGUAUGAGCCAUAAUUGCAUUUUGAAAUGGACUGUUU